AUGAGUGAAGUUCAAGAUUUUUCUCAAUGGUAUUGGAAAUUUAUCCCGCAUCCCAGAGAUGUUGAAGAUUGGCCUGAAGAUGACAAAAGUAUCCAUUCCGAAAGCUCAGAUUCUUCACAAGAACCAGAAUUCGAGUAUAGAGAUGAAGCAGAUAGACCAUGGUGGAAAUUUUUUGAUGAAUAUGAAUACAGAUUCAAUAAACAAACAAGAGCUCAAAAAUCAUGGUGGAGAUUUUUCGAUAAGAAUGCAUCACCAGCUGAAAAAAAAUUGAUUCUGAAGUUAGAUUUAUUGAUUGUUACUUUUGCUAUUAUGUCAUACUGGUCCAAAAACUUGGAUCAAACCAAUAUUAGUAAUGCUUAUGUUUCUGGUAUGAAAGAAGAUAUCGAUAUGAAAGGAAAUGAUUAUUCUAAUGCGGUUGCAAUUUUCAAUGCAGGGGCUGUUAUCUUUCAAAUAAUUUUUAUGUGGGCUUUUCCUAGACUUGAUAUGCACUUGAUGUUUUUCAUUUGUGAUUUAGGAUGGUCCCUGGUCACUUUAUUCACUGGAUUGGUUCAAACACCUGCUCAAUUGAAAGCAUGUCGUUUCUUAGUUGGUUCUUUUGAAAGUGGAUAUUUUAUUAUGAUUCAUUACUUAUUAGGAUCAUGGUAUAAACCUGAUGAAUUAGGAAGACGUGGUGGUCUUUACUACUGGUAA